UACAAACUUCAAUACUAAGAUUUCGGAUGUGAUACUCCUCGAAGAUUUGUAGAUCUAUCAUCACUUACACUUAGAGAUACUUUAAGAGGGGUUUGAGGAUGCAGAGAAUCUAUUAACAUGGCGCUUGAGCGAACAUUCUCUGGCCUUACUGAGGCUGUCACUGAGUUCAAACUCCCAACGGGCGUCGAAGCUGGGUAUACAUUCCAUAUCGUACCGGAUUCGAGUCAUUCUCGACGCGCGAAACCGAAAAGAGAAUACUGGCGGAGGGAGGCGUCACUUGGUCGAGGAGCCUUCGGGUCCGUUUUCAAAGAGCGACUUGUCAGUCAGGGUCAUGGGCCACCAAAGUUCCGGGCGGUGAAGCAGAUCGACCUUCUGACUGGCCCCUCAGCCACUGGUAUUGAUUACGGUAGAGAACUGGAAGCGAUUGCUAAAUUUUCCCAUCCAAAGUACGAACGAUGUUUUGUGAAGGCAUCCGGUUGGUAUGGUGGGCCGGAGGUUGGCUCACUGUUCAUCGCAAUGGAAUACUUAGAAUAUGGGGAUCUCCAAAGCUACCUUUGGAACGCUGCGACAUUGCCGGAACAUGAAGCUUGUGAGAUCUCUUUCCAACUCCUCGAGGGGCUUGAGUUCAUGCACAACAAUGGCUUUGCUCACCGUGACCUGAAGCCCGCGAACAUCCUCAUCAAAUCUGAACCACCAAAUCAGUGGUGGGUGAAGAUUUCGGACUUUGGAAUCUCUAAACGAAUUGCAGAUGGGAAGGGUAUCUCCUCCAUCUUAGCCGGCACGGUAGCCUUUUUCUCCCCCGAAGUUCUUGAUGCCGGAAAGACUCCGUCAUACGACGCCUAUUCCGCCGAUAUGUGGGCAUUGGGGGAGAUUGCACACCAGAUGCUUACGAAGGAAGCGGUUUUCGAUCGGCCCAGCACCAAGCUUGAAUACGGCAGAGGCGAUGUGGAAUACCCCAAUGAUCGGCUCAUGGCAUAUCAAGUCAGCAAUCAUGGCCAAUCAUUCAUAGUCUCAGUUAUGCAUCCAUUCCCGACGAAGCGGCUCAAAGUUGACCAGGCCCUAUCACACGACUGGAUAAGACCUUUCGCUGACAUAGAUUCGGACUUCAUGCCGCUGGAGUCAGUUCAGUAA